AUGACUUCGAAACAUAAGCAUUUUGAUUACAUAAAUAAUAAUAAUGGUUCCUUCUCGCAGAAACUCUUCGUUGCCGCCUCUUUUGCCUUGUUGGCUUUUGCCGCUGCUGACGUCUCUCACCUUGGCGGUGGUUACAAUUAUCCUGCGCCUGUGCAUGAAGCUAACACUUACAUCCCACCCGCAGCACCGGUUCCAGCACCAGCUCAGGGCUACAGCUACCCAGCUCCCGCGCCAAUUCAUGAAGCUGUUAAAUCUCAACCGAUUGUUCCGCAGAACACUUACAUCCCACCCGCAGCACCGGCUCCAGCACCAGCUCGGGCUCCAGCACCCGCCCAGGGAUACAGCUACCCAGCACCAGCUCCAAUCCACGAAGCCGUCCAAUCUCAGCCAAUUAUUCCACAAAAUACCUACAUCCCACCGGCCGCACCAGCUCCAGCACCCGCCCAGGGCUACAGCUACCCAGCUCCAGCUCCAAUCCAUGAAGCCAUCCAAUCCCAGCCAAUCGCACCCGCACCUGCUCAGGGCUACAGUUACCCAGCUCCAGCUCCGAUCCAUGAAGCUGUGCAAUCCCAACCGAUUGCUCCACAAAAUACGUACAUUCCGCCAUCAGCAUCGCUCGGUCAAGAUGGUUACCGCUACAAGACCGUCCGCCGUGUUGUCUACAGACGUCGUUUCUAA